AUGCAAGACGAAGAACAAUUUGCCCUGAAAUGGAUCGGAACAGAUGAUGUCUCCAAAGCACUUCGUCUUGAAGAAAUAAGACGAGUGUUCUCCUACAAGAUGACCAAUCGCACUCUUGGAAAAGACAAAGCCCCACUCUGCAUUGAACUCAACAAGCCACCAUUGGAUCCGGCAGUUGAAGAAGAACUGAAGCAACUCCGCUAUGCCUUGUUGCUAUCAAAAAUCAAAACAUCUCUAGAGAAAGACCACCAGAAUGAUCCAAACUGUAAUGUCAGUGGCUCGAAAGAUGAGCAUGGACGAGAGAUCAAGGACGACAAAAGUAACAGUGAUGAAGAAGAUGAAGACAACACUGACAAUGAUGCUGAGGAUGCAGAUGAUGAGCAUGAUGAUAAUGAUGAUGACAAUGACGAUGGUGAUAACAUGGGCAACAACGUCGCAAGCUGA